CUUACCUGCAUUGUUCCAGAAAUGACAUUGAAGCAACAACGAAGUUUGAAUAUAGGGAGACAUUCAUAAAAUGUAUACAAUGUUUGUAACGCUAAUUAAGACGUCCUCAGCUAUAUGUACAAAUACAUAUAUCAUUUAUUUGAAUAUCAUUGUUAUAGUAGAGAAGCUACUAGAAUAUUCACCACAUUAAUCUUUGUUUAUUGAUUGAUGUUUAAGUAAACAAUAUGAAAUUAUUUAAAACCAGAUUAAGGAGACAACUAGUGGGCCGAAUUGUCACAUACAAAUAUUUUGAUUAACACUAUUUAUCAAAUGUCAAUCAUCGGUACAAUACACGAAGAUGUUACUACCGACAUUUUGGGUGUCAUUGGAUCUUGGCAAUGGCUGGUAACAUUCGUUGCCACAGCUCUUUCGGUACCGUACAUGUUGAACCAAUACGAAGACAUGUUCCUCCUGGCUCCUCCAAAAAGCGUGGAAUGCGAUUUAACUGAUUUGUCAAUUACCAAUUCAAGUAUUUGUACAUUUAGAGUAACUAACAGGACCGAAGAAACUAGGUGCACUAAAUGGCAUUUGAAAUUCCUCUGGGUUAUUUGGAUAAAAAAAUCGUGGCUGUUUUUUUGCGAUGAAAAGUUGAAAGUACUGUCGACGACCAUAAUAUGCAGAUUGGGUGUAAUUUUUGGCAGUAUAAUUUUUGGGCUCAUAUCUGACAGUUUCGGAAGGAAACGAGCCAUGACUAUAAACUUAUUUGCUGACGUGGGAUUUAGAUUGACAUUAACAUUUUGUGAUUCGGAAAGUUGGUUUCUUCUAUUGAUUUUCUUAAGAUCAAUGUUUUCUAGCGCAAACGCUUACAUGACUAUAAUACUAAUAUGCGAAAUAUCAAGUAAUUGUUGGAGGACAAGAUUGGAAACAAUCGUGUCAAUGCCACGACUUCUUGCCAUAGUAUGUUUAGUACCUCUAGCAAACAGUGGUCCUAACAUGGAAACUUUCAAUUUUAUCUCUUGUGUAUACAGUGCAUUCCUACUGAUCCUUCUCAGAUGGACACCAGAAUCACCGCAAUGGCUGCUGUAUAAUCAAAAAAUAUCUGAGGCCGAAACGUUAUUAAGAAAAGCUGCAAAAAUGAAUGGCAUCUCACUUUGCAACGAUUUCAAAAUAAGACCCGUUGAUCACAGAGCCUAUGACUGUUUGGACAAAAGUUGGACGUGCAUGACGAUUUUUACGACUCAUAAUGUGAAAAUUUUGUCAGGCGCAACAGUUUUCUUUUGGUGUUUAUAUAAUUUUUUAAUAAGUUCUCUAUACUUAAGAAUACAUUCGUCUUCAGAACAGUAUACAUUGUUAAAACUCUCAAGCUUAAUUAUUGCCUUGGGCAUAUUAAAUUUUGGCGUAGCACAAAGGAUAAAAUUAAAAUGCUUGCUCACCCUAAACAUUGGCGCUAUAGGCAUUUUUUGUGGGAUGCUUAUAGGAAUUAAAUGGAGUAAUUCCACCACCAAUACUUUAACCUGUAUGGCACUAGCCACUUCUGUUAUAGCCUAUGGAUUGGCUCUGAAUAUUACACCAAGACUCUUUGCUAUUAAUAUAAGAUCAACCAUAUUUGGAAGUUGCCACUCGUCUGGUCAAUUGGGCGUGAUUAUUUGCUAUCUCAUAGUCAUGUUUAAAGUCAUGAAUAGUUUUACACUCAUGGUAGUUGAAACUGUCAUAGUUGUUUGCCUGACGAUUUUAUGUCAUUUUUGCCCUGAUGUGGAUGGAAGGGAACUGCCAGAUGUCUUGGAAGAUAUGGAUUAUUUUUCAGAAUUAUCAAAGCCUCUCCGUUGGGCGACGCAGAAAACAAAUUCACCGUCCCGCGAAGAGGUUGAAAUACGAGUUCACUCUUUCGGUAGCGCUGGGCAAAAUUUAUCAAACGAUCGCUCAGACGAGCGUCUGCCAGCGCGGCGAAUUGGACACUUAAGUAAAUGGCCUUUAUUGAGACGAUUAACUAACAAUUUCCUGCGAACGUUUCGUAAAAAGAAUUAAGAGUCACAAAAAAAUAAUGUGGAAUUCGAAGACUUUAAAGUCUUGCUAUGGAACUGCACGGCAUUGUAACACGACGUUAACCUAUUAUUAUAAAAAUUUCCUUUACAUCUAAAAAUAUCAAAUAAAAAUAUAUUCAAAUAUA